CAAAGCAUUAUCUCUUACCAGCUGCUUGUUUCUCCUCACCGAGUUGUUUGAUUGAAGGAAGAAAACAGUAAUGGUGUGUUUCAGUUUCAAUGAGAUGAAGACGAAGAAGAAUCUGAUUGGACUUGGAUUAGGACAGAUCAUCUCGCUUGUCUCUACUUUUAUUGCGUUUACAGCGUCUGAGAUCGCCAGAAAAGGGAUUAAUGCUCCAACCUCACAGUCACUCCUGGGUUAUCUGUCACUUGCAAUUGUCUAUGGAGGUAUCAUGCUGUAUCGAAGACCCGCAAUUAAAGUGAAGUGGUAUAACUAUUUACUCCUUGCUUAUGUUGAUGUGGAGGCAAACUUUCUCGUGGUGAAGGCAUUUCAGAACACAUCGAUGACGAGUGUCAUGCUCCUGGAUUGCUGGGCUAUCCCUUGCGUUUUGAUAUUGACUCGGGUGUUCCUGAAAACAAAAUACAGAAUGAUGAAGAUCAGUGGCGUGGUCAUCUGUAUUCUUGGCGUUGUCAUGGUAAUCUUCUCAGACGUCCACGCAGGGGAUCGAGCUGGUGGAAGUAAUCCUGUCAAAGGAGAUCUUCUUGUUAUAGCUGGAGCAACUUUGUAUGCUGUCAGUAAUGUCAGUGAGGAGUUCCUUGUGAAGAAUGCAGACAUGAUUGAGCUAUUGGCCUUUUUGGGACUUUUUGGCGCAAUUAUUGCUGCCAUACAGAUAAGCAUAUUUGAACGAGGUGUGCUCAAAGCGGUUCACUGGUCAACUGAGGCAGUAAGCAUUCUGCUACACUUGCGAUUUUCAUUUCCCUUUCAAUCUCUCUGCAAAACCAGCGGACUUCUUUUCUUAGAAUCCUUUUAUACUUUCCAGAUUUUACUUUACCUUGGAGUCGCACUUGCGUUAUUUCUAUUUUACUCAUUAAUCACAGUCUUAAUUAAGAACAAUGGAGCAACAAUGUUCAACCUCUCGUUGCUCACAUCAGACAUGUGGGCUGUUUUGAUCCGCACUUUUGGUUACCACGAGAAGGUUGAUUGGCUCUACUUCUUGGCAUUUGCUACUACAGCUAUUGGACUGAUCAUCUACUCAAUGAAGGAGAAAGAUGAGGAGGAAGAAAGACGUGGAGAAGUACUGGUAAGUGGGGAGAGGAAGCUUUUUGAUGAGGAGGAUGGUGAGUCACUUCGCAGCAGCCUUAUAGUUGCUAUCACCUGAAACUUAACUACCUAGCUAAUCAAAGCCCUGAGGUUUUUAUUUAUCUAUGUCAUUGGCUCUGUAACAUAUAAGAUUAAUUUUCCCUGGAAGACACUUUUGGGUGGAGACAAGGUUGUAUAUUUCUCUCCCAAUAUUUGGUAAUUGUAAAGAACAUAGUAAUAUGGCUUUAAAUAUUUGAUGCAGAUUAAUUUAAAUGUUUCAAA